AUGUGCAAGCUCCUGGUGCUGGAAAAGGCGUGCAGCAGCCAAGAGUGCGGCAACAGCUACCGCGACAGCAGGAUCGACCUGUGCCAGGAGGCCUUGGACCUCGUGGGCAUGCCCGACCUGUGCGACCCGCCGCAGGACGACGCGCUGGCCCACCGGCUGCGCAUGGGGGGCCACGAGGUCGUCGAGCUGAGGGACGAGAGCGUGCCUCUACACUGCAACCGUUGCCUCGUCAUGAGCGGGCUGAGAAAGUCGCGCGUGCCUGCGUGUGGCUCUCGUUAG